GAAGAAUCAGAUCAUGAUGUGUGAUAUAGGUCCAGCACGUGUGUACUUUUAUUCCAUCCUGCUGCAGGGACAUGGUUUUAAUCAGCCGAGUCGAACAUAACUGCACACUGCUCAAUACUUAGGAGGUUAUGUCUUUACCAGCUGGAAGUCUCGAGACCAAUUGCCGCAACUGCUUCAGCGGGACGGACAUCAGUACUAGUACACCGUUAAGCCACGGAAUUUAGCGGGCUUCUUCCACCACCACGGCGGUCACACACCAACAUUGGCGUUUCAAUCAAUAUCGCCUGUGCCCGCGCAGGGCUCUGAGCGCAUCUCUACUAAAAGAAACCGAAGAAUGAGGACCAGGAGAUCGAGUCUGGCGUGACAUCAUCUUCUCCGCUGUAUGACGAACAGAGGCACAAGGGGGCACAUUCGAUCGUUGACGGUCGCCUGCGAUGAUGAGGUAAGGUAGAUACUCGUAUAUGUACAUAACUUGCAGGGUAUUUGAUGAGGAAAUUGGAAUGUUCCUCAUCUACUAACAGUUGCAUCGAACUCAACGACAUCCUUUGACCUCAACGACUUACCAUACAAUUCGUGAAAUACACCUUCCACUGAACCAAACCAACCUAUCCACAGUCUGUAUCCUUCCAAAAUGCCCGAAUCAGGACGCAACAGCGGAGGUGACCUCUUCGACAUGGCCAAGGACGGGACCACCGUGCCUGCAGACUCGGCCCAGCCUAGAUACAUCCCAUCCAAACCACGGCCAGACCAAAUAGCCUCAGCCAAGGACCCGAACGACCUGGGGGCUCCAACUCUGGCCGAUGCGGCCACUAACGAGACUGACAUCCCAAGGUCCACACGGGAUACCGACACGCAUAAUAUCUUGACCGGAACGGGAGACACGAUCGGGGCACAAGUUGCAGGGAAGAGAACACAUGCAACCCCGGGAGGUACGGUCCGCGACCCUCAGUCGCAGGGUCAGACGAGACUCGCAGAGCAUUCCAAGACAGCUUCGGACUUUGACAAGGGUGCGGGAGAGGGGCCUCGUGCUGAACAUCCUCCGGGCCAGGAACAUUUGAGCGAUGAGCAGGUCAUGGAUAACAUUGAGCGAAAGGAGGUGUAAAUGAGCAGGAAAAGAAAUCAAAUCAAAAAUGAAAAAUGUGCCCGAUAAUCAUCAUUAUUGUACAGUAGGUAUCAUUUGCCUGGUCAGAUAACAAACAGCCCUUAAAUGCAGUGGAAACAUUGUAGGAUUUCUGAGGAGAGGAACCUGUCAAGCCGCACAUCAUCCACUGCGUUCUGCUUACCCUUACCUCUCUUUAUAUGGUAUUCGGAAUGGCCUCACUAGGAGAGGCAGAUGCUGUAGCAUGUUCGCCAAUGGACUUUAAUCUCGAGGCACAAAGCCACUGUUAAAAGCCAUCCCUCACUGGCAUGGAACACUGGUAUUGCAUGGCCAGUAGUGUCC